AUGAUGGUCUUGAGCACCUACUCUGCCGUGCCCCUGUUCUCGGUCCUGGCCGCCAUGGUGUGCCCAAGGCACACCCGGCUGGCGCAAGGCCUCGCUGCAGCACUGGGGUGCCUCUUGGGCACUCUGGUCGGAGCUUUUUUGGCGCAGGCGAAGAAGGAUGCCGCAGCCUCCGCAGUAGCCCGAUUGCUCUCACAGCACCUGGGGGAGGACAUGCCCGCAGACGAGCUGCGAGACCUGAUCUCCAGGGCACGAAGGCGCUUUGGCGUGCCGCCACUCGAGCGCAGCAGCGAAGCCUGGGAGAAUACCUCCUUGCAGGAGAUUUACGAGGGGCUGCUGAACCGUUUCGUGGAAGUUUCAGAAUUCAAGCCCGACGAGCUGUCUCUGCUGCAGAGACUCAAGGAGGUGCUGGAGCUGGACGGCAUCGUCGCGGGCAACGCGCACAGGCAUGCUGCGCAGCUGCUGGUGUCGCGCGGCUACUCCGGGCUGGAGGGCGAGCCCAUGAAGAUCGCCACGGACAAACUGCUGUACCUCUCCCAGCGGAUCUUUGCGGAGGAGACCCCCCAGGAGGCAGCGCGGUACGAGAUGGGCCGGCUCUGCCAGGUCCUGGACCUCCCGAAGAAGGAGGCGGCGGAGCGGAUCCGGAAGGUGGCCGUGGAGUACGGCGAGGAGCCUCCGACGCUCCGAAGCCGGGGCAAGCAGUGGCUGGGGUGUGGCAACCUAUUGGCAUAUGCCAGCUCCGCGACGUCCGCGAUGACCGUGAUUAUUGGCCUGAUCUACAUGUAUUGGCAUUUUCCAUCCUUCAAUCUGAAGUUCGACGACUGCUAUUUUGAGGACCCCGAUGAGUACACUUAUUGGGUGGACUGCAACAGCACCUGGGCCAAUGACUGGGGCAUGGUGGGAAUCCCGGUGUGGGUGCCCUUUCUUAUUGGGCUGACUGGCGCCAUGAUGGUGAACCCCAUGGUCCUGCAGGUGGUGGGCUUCCCGCGAAACUUCGUGCAGCAUGGCUUUUUCUUGAUAGUCCAGGCUAUGUUUGCGAACAUUGGCUACUGCGGCAAGCUGGGCGUCACCACGGGCUUCGUCAGCAUCGCCAUCGGUGUGAUUGACAUCGUAGCUGCCGGCUUCGGCAUCAAGAGCGACAGAAUGAAGGAGCUGCAGCGCCUGAAGGAUGGGAUUGGGUACCACAGCCAGGACGAAGAAUCGGAGAGCGAAUGA